AUGCCAGCAGCAACGAAGGUCAAUGGCAGAUCUUCAACCGUGGUUGUUCACCAGCCAUCCUCCCAGCCUCAAACACCACCUAAAUCUCCACCGUCAUUCCCAUCUAUUCCGAGCCGCCCUUCUUCGCCAAGGGAACUGCAUGCAAGCAAUCCAAUCCAGGAGAACCUCACAACCAAUGGUGGAGAAACUACCGAGAUUCUAAAGACGAUCAAGCAGGAUGAUGCGUUCGAGAAGAAACGGAUGCAGUUGCCUCACAACCCGCCCCCUUCCCCUAUCACCGUUUCCCCAUUCGUGACUGAGGAUCGCCUUGCCUCAGCUCUUGAACAUGCAUUGCGAAUGGUAAAGAGGUCACAAGAAGUGGCUGAAUCAUCUACUCCUUCUGAUUCUAGGGACAGUGCUUCUGCGGAACAGCUGACGGACAAAUCUGAGUCGAAUGGAACAAGGGUACGAGCGUCCAAGAUGGAUUAUAGAGAGGUUGAUGAACUCUGGGACGAAAAAGAGUACAAAUACAAAAUCAAGGACUCGGUUAGUGCCUCUACCAUCACGGAGCUUGACGAAUAUAUAUUUGUUGUGCGCCAGCGGCACGAAAAAAACUCCACGGAACCCAAAUCUUACAUCGACAUCAAAUCGGAAGAACUGGGUAACGUUUUGAGGGAUAUAUUUCAGGGUCUGAAGGCAGUCAGUCUUGAAUCUGAUAAACCCACAAUGGAUCAAGAACUGUUAUUCACGUGCCUGCCAAAGAUGAAGAGCUAUAUCAGUUCGGAAUGGCCAGCAGCUUCUGAAACAGGUCUCAAACAUUUGGCACUAUUGAUAGAUUGUAUCGAAAGUACCUAUACAGAAUCAUCACAGAGGCUUGAGGCUCUCUGCGCGCAGCAAAUGAUCACGUAUGAUCUUUUAAAAUUCCUGUUCAAACCCGAGGAGAUUAUAUGCGCAGCCUGUCCUGGCACCGGUAAACCGAGGGCGCUUAUAUACGAUUUUGGAAAGGAAAAGGAAACACGUCAGGGUAUAAAGUAUUUUGAGCUCUCUUGUCGUUAUAUUGACUUCGACGGACGGGUUUUUGAGGAGGUGCAAGAUGAACUGUCUAUAUUCAAGUUCCACGGAGCGAUACCAAUCAGCAAACUUUCUGCCUUUCCUCUCCAGUACCACCCACAGAAGGAUACGAUAGAGAGGUAUCUGCGCAGGUGUGGAAAGACAUUCACUGAGACAUUGUCUAGCCAUCAUUGCCAAUACCAUGGCGUAUCGUUUAUCCGCAAAAAAGAUGGCUCCAUCGCCCAUGUGCCGGUCAAUGGAAGGAUCAUGAUUGAUGCAUGCAGGUUUCAAGAAGUGAACCCAGGUUAUCCGAAGCUCCAGAAUCGUGUGUCCUGCAUUGACUUGUUCAAUGGAACCGCCUCUGACAGGUUCGAGGAGCGGGUGAAAUGUACGGACAAGCGUCCAGGCGAGCUAUCAGAAAAUGAUCUGCUUGUAUGUACGCCAACCGUUCUUGGAUUCAGUCUAGGGGACAAAUUCUGGGGCGAGUUUGCAAUUGACAAUAUUUCAGAGAUUGAGUGGUUGCCAGCUCCAUUUGAUCGGCUAGUGCUUCCACACGACCGAAAAGAGAUCAUUAAGGCAAUAGGUGAAAGUCGUUUGGGGAGCGGGAGGAUGAGCGAAUUCGAUGAUUUUAUAAAAAACAAAGGGCGCGGUCUCAUUGCACUCUUUGGACCUCCCGGGGUUGGGAAGACUGGGACGGCAGAGUCGUUGGCAGAGACACACAAACGGCCGCUAUACUCCGUAUCUGCCGGUCAACUAUCGUCUGAUGCUGCACAUUUGGACAGGCAGCUUGGGGAGAUUCUUCGAACAGCAAGUCACUGGAAAGCACUGCUACUGCUUGAUGAGGCAGAUGUCUUCCUCACACAACGAUCUACCGAACACAUCGAACGAAAUCGUCUUGUGGCUACCUUCCUUCAUAAGCUCGAAUACUAUGACGGAGUUAUGUUCUUGACUACUAAUCAGCCAACUGGGUUGGAUUCAGCAAUCCGCAAUCGUGUCCACCUAACAUUUCAUUACUCCGAUCUGAAUAAUGAUGCUCGAAGAGAAGUGUUUGCACAGUACCUUACCAAUAACACCAAGCUCCAGGUGAAUAUUAAUGAGCAGGAACUGGACUCACUGGCUCUGGUGAAGCUGAAUGGACGGGAGAGAGCUCUGAUGGUGAACGGACACGUCGUGCCUAAACUGGGGGGCCAAACUCUAUCGAUGGACCUUUAUGACGAGUGA